AUGUUCUUUCGCCAUUUCAGAGGCGACGGUCAAAGAGCCUUGAUUCCUUCUGGUUCUCCAAGCGUAAACUUUAGCUUAGAAAGUGCCCAGAUCCAUAGUGCACAACGUCCACAAGGUUCAUCAAACGCAUUCAUCAGACCUCUUCGACGAGAACAAAACUGUCAAUUGGGUAGCCGGCGGCCUGAGUUUUGA